GGGAGGUUAAGAUUCACAUUUUGUUGUAAAGUUUGUACUGUAAUUUUUUGGCAGACAUGUCAUUGCAAUACAAUCGGACGUGUUACCACGGAAACCGUUUACGUUCUGUGAACUUGAAACGGUCCUUUUAACUAACAAAGAUUCCAUUCAUUCAUAAAUCCCUUCUGUCAUGCCCUUGUCUCCAUAAACAACACAUUAUCAACUGAUGUUGUUAAUAAUAACCAGCCUGGCUCAGAGCAGACCUUGUCCAGUUUAACCAGUGGUUUGACCAGUGGAGUCCACUGGAGUCCCAGGUAAACUUUGAUAGAGUUCCAUACUAAGACUGAUCUGAGGGAUCAGAGUUCGUGUGGAAUUGAAAGAGAUUCAGCUUUAAAGGGAAGGACGGAAGGAGGCACAUUGGGGGCUUUACACAUAAUACUUCUGGGCAAUAAUAAAAAUGUACACUUAAUAAUAAGGAAAUUGAGAUCUUAUUCUCUAAACUUAGGCUGUUUAUCUCUCUUCCUCUCAAAUUCACAUUCGACAAUAUGAACACUUACAUUUAAAAGUUUUUCUCCUUUAUGGGUCGGUAAGUUACGUUUUCUCUCUCAAUGACCUCGCCCUCGUUGUGCGAUUGUCACCCCCGGCGACGCUCUGCUUCGCUUUUAUUCGUUUACAGUUUCCUCUCUGAACUUCACUCUGUAGCAAUCUUCUAUCCCGACCGAAGGUUAAUGCUCUACACACACCCCGAACACCAAUCCGCAGUCCUCACCUGUCACGGAUGGGCGCGGAAAUGCAAAGGAGAGUCAGAUAGGAAGGCGUGGUACGGUCUGCGCUAGGAGGCAUCGCGUGUGGAGCGUCGGGAGGCAGCAGGUCCUGGAGCGCGCUCGGACCCCCGUGACUUGGGUGACUACGAGUUUUACAAAUCCAAUGGCUUCCAGGUGUGCGGAGGAUCUCUCCUGUUCUGUCUGCCAGGACAUCUUCAAGGAUCCCGUGGUUCUGUCAUGUAGCCACAGCUUCUGUCGAGACUGUCUGAAGAGGUGGUGGGCACAGAAACUAACUCGGGAGUGUCCAGUUUGUGCCAGAAGAUCCUCGAGGAGUGAUCCACCUGCUAGUUUGGUGAUAAAGAACCUGUGUGAGUCCUUCAUACUGGAGAGAGAUCAGAGAGCUUCAGAGAAGGUCUGCAGUCUGCACUCGGAGAAGCUCAGACUCUUCUGCCUGGACCAUCAGCAGCCAGUGUGUGUCGUCUGCAGAGAUUCAAAAACACACACAAAUCACAAAUUCAAACCCAUCGACGAGGCUGCAGAGGAUCUCAAAGAGGAGAUCCAGAAAUACCUGAAGCCCUUCAAGAAGAAACUGAAGCUCUUUGAAGAGGUCAAAGCAAACUGUGAUCAAACAGCAGCACACAUGAAGGUCCAGGCUCGACACACAGAGAAGAAGAUUAAAGACCAGUUCAAGAAGCUUCACCAGUUUCUAGAGGAGGAAGAGGAGGCCAGGAUCUCUGCUCUGAGGGGGGAAGAGGAGCAGAAGUGUCAGAUGAUGGAGAAGAAGAUGGAGGCUCUGAGCAGAGAGAUAGCAGCUCUUUCAGACACAGUCAGGGCCACAGAGGAGCAGCUGAGAGCAGAAGACGUCUCCUUCCUGAACCACUACAAGGCUGCACUGGAAAGAGUCCAGCAGCGCCCCCUGCUGGAGGACCCACAGCUGCUGUCUGGAGCUCUGAUAGACCAGGCCAAACAUCUGGGCAACCUGACCUUUAACAUCUGGGACAAGAUGAAGGAGAUGGUCUCCUACAGUCCUGUGGUUCUGGACCCAAACACCGCUCAUCCAGAACUCAUCCUUUCGGAAGAUCUGACCAGUGUGAGACGAGGAGAGAGACAGAAGCUUCCUGAUAAUCCAGAGAGGUUUAACACUUUCAGCUCUGUCUUUGGCUCUGAGGGCUUUAACUCUGGGAUUAACUCCUGGGACGUGGAAGUUGGAGACAAUACAUGCUGGUUUCUGGGGGUGGCAGAAGGGUCUGUUGAGAGGAAAGGGUCUGUACGUUCGGGAAUGUGGAGGAUUGGGUUCUCUCUGGGGAGUUACAAAGCCUUCUCCCCAUCAUCCCAGCCCAUCGCUCUCCCAGUAAGGCGGAAGCUCCAGAGGGUCAGAGUCCACCUGGACUGGGGAAGAGGUCUGUCCUUCUUAGAUGCUGACACUAAGACACACAUAGUCACCUUCCCACACAGGUUCACCCAGAAGCUGUUUCCGUACAUUUUCAGCAGCAAUAAUAUCCCCAUUAAGAUUUUACCCCAGCUGGUCAACGAUGAUUAGUGGCACCGCAAUCAAUAUCCUAAAGGGAAGUAACUCGUGAAGUGUGAAUGAGUGCAAUCCUGUUGAUUCAGACUUUAAAUAAUUAAUCUAAUAGGUGAUUAUGUUAAAGAAAAUGUGUUUUGAUGGGAGGAGGUGUAAAACAUGACACAUUGUUUGUGCAUUCUAAGUAUCAAUAGUGGUAUAUGAAUUAUAUAUUAAUACAAAAAUUGGAGUUUUGUCGCAAGAUCAAAUGUGUGUGUUUGUGUAUUUACGUCACCUUAUGUGAUGUCACCAAAAGGUUGUGAUCCGAUUGGUAGCUGCAUGAUGGUGUUAUAACACAGGUAGUAAAAGUCACUGUGCUACUUAUGUCAGCUUACCUCAGAAUGAUGAAUCGCUUUAAGGGAGUGUGUGUGUUAUCUCACAGAUGAUGGUCCUCAUAUCUGACUCACAAUAAGUACGCAGGACAUUUCCAGCGGCUUAAAAUGAUUCCAUGCUGAGAUCAUUUUCCAAUGCAGACCUGAAGCAGUCUUGAUCCAGAAGCAGUUCAAAUCCUGGACCCUCGGUACGGAUCGCAGUGUGAGAGCGUUGGAUCGCUGGCAAAAUAAUACAAUAAAACAAUACUUUUAUUAAUAAUGACAUGUUUCUGUAACAUUUGCACAGAGACGUAUUUAAAUCCACACUCAGUUCACCCACAUACUUAAAACCACAAACCCAUUCAUCUGCCCACCUGCAGGGAUGGGUAAGCCUACCAUGCCAUUCGUAAAACCAGUUACGAAACCAGUACCUAAACUGGUACCAAAACCAGUAACAAAACAAGUACCUAACCAGUACCUAAACCCGUACCUUAUCUGUACCAAAACCAGCACCUAAACGGUAAAACCAGCACCUAAAUGGUAAAACCAUUACCUAAACGGUAAAACCAUUACCUUGAUCAAAACCAGUACCUAAACUAAAACCUAAAUGGUACCUAAACCAGUACACAAAUCAGUUUCUAAACGGUACCUAAACCAGUA